AUGAGUUUAUUCUAUGCUAAAGAGGCCUCGGCUUGCAGUCUUUAUCAGCCCAAGAUCGCCCAGUCAAUGAUCGCUCAGCUCAUUCGUGGGAUGGCCUUCUUACACAGUGAAAAUAUCAUACAUAGCGAACUGUAUGGCGAAUUUGGAAAGCCGUAUUCAGAGGCUGUUGUUCGCCGCGACAUCUGGAUGGUUGGUUUGGUGUUCGCAGCCAUGGGAUUGCAUUGGGCGAAGAAAUGA